AGUCCCAAGGAAUUUGGAAGCAAUAUCCUAGCUAUCCAGAGUUCCAGACUACUUAACCAGCAGCAGCAGAAGAAGAAUCGAGAGAGGAGCUAGCUGAGAGAUGGCGUCCAUGAUGGGAGGAGACUUCGUCGAGGCCUACGUGCUCAGGAACGCGUACAAGGAGAAGAUGAGGCGCAUGGACGAAGCGGCGGCGGCCGCCGCCGCGGUUGAAGGGAAGAAUGGCAAGGAGGGCGGCGCCGGCGGUGGCUCCGCCGGAGAGAAGAAGCCUGCGGGCGCGAGCAGCAAGGGAGGCUUCUUCGGGAUCAUGAAGAAGAAAGUGCACCCCAAAGCGGCUUCUUCUUCUCCUUCCUCCUGAUCGUUAACUCUGUUGUCGUGUUAGGGAUGCAUGUCACGGAGAGACCCUGCAAAAGUAUAUACGUGUGUACGGAGUAGAGGUUUAGGUGCCGUGAGAUGGCAGGCCGCAGCUUGCUGGAGCUCAGUCAUGGCUGGCUGCAGCUUUGUGCUAUGUGUGUGUGUGUGUAAGUUUGUUCUUGCGAUCAGCUUCUCCUGGGAGGAGUGUGUGAGCCACUGGCCGGCUGUAACGUUGGUUCUUUUGUUAA